CCCCCCCGGUGAUAUAAAUGUGGGUGGGAUGAGGAGCCUGUGGCCUUUCCCAUCACAGCAGAGCUGCCUUGGUGUUAUUAACGAUGGCCCCCAAGAAGCCUGCAGCCCCUCCUCCACCAGGCUGCUCCCUGGACAUUAAUGAUCCUCAGGUGCAGGAUGCUGCCAUUCGCAUUCAGGCUUCCUACCGUGGGCACAGGUCCCGCAAAGAGAUGAAAGAAAAGGGGCCCCCACGGGUGCUGGAGAACCUGAAAGAUGUGGUGCUGAUUGAGGGAAGUGCAGCCAAGCUCGAAUGUCGCAUCAGCGCCUUCCCUGACCCAUUCAUCCGCUGGUCCAAAGAUAAUGUGGAGCUCAAGGAUGGGCCGAAGUACCGCUACAUCUUUGAAGACCCUGAUAUUGUAGCACUGGUCGUUCGUGAUGGCACUCUUUCUGACCUGGGCAAGUACACCAUCUCUGUGAAGAACCCUUUUGGAGAGUGUUCUGACUCAGCACGUCUCCUUGUGGAAGUACCCGCCAAGAUUGAGAAGGGCCCAGACAGCACAAAGGCCAAGAAGGGCAGCACAGUCAACCUGACAGCCCACAUCAGCGGGCAGCCAGCACCUGAUGUGGGCUGGGCCAAGGAUGGGGAGGAUAUUGAAGAGGAUGAUCGCGUAUACUAUAAUAUCGGCAGUGACUCAACCACUCUCACCAUCAAGAAGGUAACACCGCAAGAUGCUGGAAAGUAUGAGGUCUUCGUAGAAAACAGCCUGGGCAUGGACCAGUCCUUCGCACGUGUGGAUGUGAUUUGAACCCCUG